AUGCCAGAACAAGGAACGCCUGCCCUCUUUGGCACUUGCAAGUUCGCCUUUGUGAACAGUAAGGAGCUCGGCGAUGAUUUAAUCAUGGAGUUCACUAAUAGUGUCGAAAAAUACGGCGGCGAAGUAUGUCGGGCGACACGAAAAGGUCUCCCGGACCUUUCGCAGAUCACCCACAUCAUCGCCAAUUCGAUAGACUUCCCUCAGUACAACGAAGCGACCGCCCGAAUGAUCCCUGUUGUUAAGUCCAAAUGGAUUACAGUAUCUUUAAUGAAGGGAAAACUGGCUCAGAUCCGACCCUUUACUCCUGACCCUCGAAUGAUUUUCUCGGAUGUAGUCCUUACGUGCGCCGACAUUCCGUCUACUGACAAGGACGCGAUCAUCGGCGCCGCAAUGGCAAUGGGAGGAAUGGAUUCCGACAAUGUUACCAAACUCACAACCCACAUCUGCGCUCUCUCCAUGGAUCAUCCGAAAUGCAAGCUAGCUAUCGAGAAGAAGUUGAAGUGCAAGAUAGUUCUUCCUCACUGGUUCGACGACUGCUUUAAGCUUGGAAAGCGAAUUGAUGAAGGCCCGUACCUUCAUCCUAACCCUCAAAUUCUAACUGGGAAUUCCGACGGUGCGAUUACGGUACCUUCCAGCCAGCACCUUGAAGGCGCCACUUCCGCCCGACCUGAUUAUCUGCCUAGCCCUCCCGCCGAUGCCAUGAGAGGUCGCCCUACUCUCACUGUGUUCGAGGGUAUCAAGGUCAUGCUGUCAGAAGAUUUGUCAAUUAGGGAUCGACUUAGGGACAUUAUCAUUGACCUCGUUAAGAACGGCGGCGGUGAGGUCACGAAGGAUGUCGAUGCUUGCCAUUGGUUUGUUUGUCAAUAUCGCGACGGAUCGGCAUACGUACGCGCUUCGCAGAUCGGAAAGACCGUCGGAAACCUCUCCUGGCUAUAUUAUCUCAUCACUCACAACCAAUGGACAGAUCCUUUGAGUCGACUCCUUCACUAUCCCGUUCCACGCAACGGAAUCCCCGGAUUCAAGAACUUAAAGAUCACGGUUUCCAACUAUGGAGGUGAGGCCCGUAUUUACUUGGAGAAUUUGAUCAACGCUGCCGGCGCGCGGUAUACCAAGACUAUGAAAUCCGAGAACACACAUUUGAUCACUGCUCGAGAUAGUGGUGAAAAGUGUGAGGCAGCCAUUGACUGGAGCAUCUAUCGACUCAACCAUCUCUGGCUCGAAGAGAGCUACGCCAGGUGCGAGCGGCAAAACGAGGCAAAUGGCCCGAGAUACACUUGCUUCCCAUCUCUUACGAACCUCACUGAAGUUAUUGGUCAGACACGCCUGGACGCGAGCAAACUGCGAGCCUUGUACUACCCUGGCAUACCGGAGGACCUUAACCCGGCAGCUAAGCGAAAGCGUAAGGCGUUAGAGAUGGCCGACGAGAACUCGGCUUCUGAUGGCCCGGCUGAGGGUGUCGUCAUUGGUCGUCAAGUGCAUAAGGAGUUUGACGUCAUGAAGGAUUCCGAAGUUGAGUAUGCCCAGAAGACAGCUGAUGUAUUUGGAGUACCGGCACCGCAAAAACGUCGUGCAACCACCCAGUUCACAACCCCAGCUAAGGGCCACUAUGUUCGUGCUGGAAAAGAGAACGAGACCCCCUCCACGGUUUCGUCUUCAAGUCGAAGUGCCAAGGAUAAGGCACUGAGCAGGUUAUCUGGUCUCGCACCCGAUAUUGCACUGUAUGAGAAAGAGAAGAAGAGAGGUCUUAAAGAUGGUCACGGAUUAUGGGGAGGCAAGCGAGCAGCUGACCACAUCGAUCGCGAGAAUCUUAAUCGCCGCAGCGCUUCGAGCCCGGCUGCUAAGGGUGAAGAGACAGAGGUCAAAGCUGAGAAGCGUCCUGCAAAGAAGGCGAGGCCCACUCUUCCGGAGAUCACCAUGCGAAUCGUUCUCACCGGAUUCCAGCGAUGGGUUAACGAGAAGCAUCGUGAGGACGCAGAUCGAAAGAAGUUGCGUGACCUUGGCAUUGCCGUCGUCACUGAUGGCCAACCGUGUGAUUAUCUUGUAGCACCGCACCUAGUACGGACGGUCAAGUUCCUUCGCAAUCUAUCUAAAGGUGCUACCGUUGUGUCUUCGGACUGGAUCGAGCAGUGCCUAGAUACGAAGCAGCUCCAGGACCCGCAAGACUAUAUCCUUAAGGACAAGGAGAACGAAAAGCGGUUUGCCAUUAAGCUCGAAACUUCGGUUCGCAGAGCUCGCAAAAACAACGGUAAACUUCUGUGGAACACUCCUAUUUACUGUACCGCUAGUAUCAAGAACGGCCCGCAAGGUUAUCAAGCGAUUGCCGAAGCCAACGGCGCGCUCUUUAUGGUGUAUGGCGCGAGGAGUGGGUCGACUAUCAAGCCCACCAACCCAGAAGAGGAUGAGGGUGAACCGGAUCCGGUAUACCUGUUGAGCAACACGAGUCCGGAGGAAAAGAAGCUAUGGCAGAAGUUCGAGGAUAUGGCGAAGAAGGGUAACAUGGAACCCCGUAUCGUCGCUGCGGACUGGUUGUUGGACGUUGUCAUGAACCAGGAGGUAUUUUUCGAUGAGAAAUACUUGGUGUCGAAUUUCUUCAGCUGA